GAGAGAGAGAGAGAGUCUCUCUUCGCUUCUCUCUCGAGUGUGUGUGACACAACAAACUCUCUCUCUCUCUUUCUUCUCUCUCUUAAAUGGGAUUUGAAUGGCGAAUUAUCUUCUCCUCUUGAUACUUCUCCGAUCACCAAUCACCGGCCUUCACACCCUCCUCGUCUUUCUCCACUCCCUCUUAUAAAAACAAAAAAAGCCAAUUCACAUCUCUCUCUCUCUCUCUAAAUGGCGUCGGUGUUUCUGUAUCACGUGGUGGGAGAUCUGACGGUGGGGAAGCCAGAGAUGGUCGAGUUCUACGACACCGAGACCGUCGAGUCCGCCAUUCGCGCCAUCGGAGAGUCCACCGAGUGCGGGAUUCCCGUCUGGAGGAAGAGAUCGGUUCUUCCUCCUCAUCCUCAUCCUCAUGGUGGGGUUGAGAACAGCGAGAUGAGGCAGCAGAGGUUCGUUGGGAUCCUGAGCUCUCUGGAUAUCGUUGCCUUCUUAGCUAGGAGCGAGUGCCUUGAAGAAGAUAAAGCGAUGAAGAUCCCCGUCUCUCAAGUCGUUUCCCCUAACAACUCUCUCCUCAAACAAGUUGAUCCCGCCACCAGGUUGAUAGAUGCUUUGGAGAUGAUGAAACAAGGAGUGAGACGACUUCUAGUUCCGAAAAGCGUUGUUUGGAGAGGUAUGAGCAAGAGAUUCUCCAUUCUUUACAAUGGAAAAUGGCUGAAGAACAGCGAAAACUCUGGCAGUAGCAGCGGUCUCUCCGCUGACUCCAACAGGCCUGCUACAUCCAAGGCUUCAAGCCGGGACAAGUUUUGCUGUCUCUCAAGGGAAGACGUGAUCCGCUUCCUCAUAGGUGUCCUUGGAGCAUUAGCUCCUUUGCCACUCACAUCAAUCUCUUCUCUUGGAAUCAUCAAUGUAGACUACAACUUCAUUGAAGCCUCUUUGCCAGCCAUCGAAGCCACCAAAAGGCCACCAUGUGAUCCCAGUGCAAUCGCCGUGUUGGAACAAACCGAGGACGAAAAACAGUUCAAGAUAAUAGGAGAAAUCUCAGCUUCGAAGCUCUGGAAAUGUGAUUAUCUCGCUGCAGCUUGGGCUCUAGCUAAUCUAUAUGCAGGGCAGUUUGUGAUGGGAGUCGAGGACAACAUGUCAUCAAGAUCAUUCAGCGACUUCCUCCAAACUUCAUUUGUCGGAGGAGGAGGAGGAGACCAGAACGGAACAGCUACAACAAAGGCCAAGAAAUUCAGUAGCAGGAGCAUCGGUUUCAAUCCGACAAGCCCGACAAGACUGAGCAUCGGUAGGAGCAUGUACAGGGGAAGAAGUGCGCCGUUAACUUGCAAAACGUCGAGCUCAUUGGCUGCGGUUAUGGCUCAGAUGCUGUCUCAUAGAGCCACACAUGUUUGGGUUACAGAGGCUGAUUCAGAUGAUGAUAUUCUUGUUGGAGUAGUGGGCUACGGAGAGAUCUUAGCUGCUGUUACUAAACAGCCUUCUGCCUUUGUUCCUUCGAAUCGUUCUUACGAAGGUUUUGGUAAUGAAAAUCAAAGCUAAGAAGACUACUACACAAAAUCAAAAGGAUAAACAACUUAUGUCUGAGAGGAAGGGACACAGUUUUUUGGGUGUGUUUGUCAAAAUUGUGUACUAUUGAACUUAGUAUCAGAUAGCUCCAAUAAGCAAAAAUAAACGAGCUAUGAUUUUUCUUUCUUAUUCAUUACUAUGUGAACUGUUGAGUGUUUACAGCAUAUGUAUAAACAGAUUUGUCUUAUUAUUUCUUGAGAGA